CAAAUUGUCAUUAGCACUUAUUGCUGCACUAAUGGCUCUUAUUGCACUAAACCUCGAUUGUUCCCCUUCUUUCCUGUUAGUCGCUUUGGAUAAAAGCGUCUGCUAAAUGAUUAAAUGUAAAUGUAAAUGUACUUUAUAAAUAAACGAGCCUUGCCUAAUUCAACAUCCAUUAUUAUUUAGUCUUUCUGGAGUCCAACCUCCUCCUCCCCCUCCUCCUCCUCCUCCUCUCCAUCUCCUUCCACUCCACUUGUCAGUAGCAGCACAGAUCCGUUGUGCUGCACUGAUGUAAAGUUCAUGUCCGAGCGGAAACAUACGGUGCAGACCGCAAACCCAGGACUAAGACACAGAUAAGAGGUGGUGAAGUUGCGUAUUUGAGACGGGAACUCGUGCUGAGCUGAUUUACGCUGGCCUCAAGUGAACUGAAAGAAAACACAGAAGCACCCCUACCUGGAAACCAUUGGGGAACUAAGUGGAUUGAAGAAGGCAGAGAGCAAGUGAGGGAGUCAGAGUGGGAGGGAAGACAGAAGGGAUUAACAGCUUAUCCAGUGCGUGGACAAUCCUGGAUGAGCCUUAUUUUUCUACCAGGAUGAUGCAGACAUAACAGUCGCUGGAUUACGACACUUUACUUUAUUGCCCUUUUCAAGGAAGCAACGCCCUCUUUUUUUCCAUUUGGGCUGAUUUUGUCAUUGCCUCUCAACGGCCUGGUGUCUUACGUGCAAAGGGACCGGGAGGAACGGAGUGGGGCCCGGUGACAGGAUGUCCAAUGGACGGUGUGGAGCCACACAUGGAUAAACCUCUUUAGUGGGAGACGGUGCGUGGCAGUGGACCCCCUCUGCUCUCUCUGCUUGGACUUGGAGGAAAACAAGUGCUAGAGACACACAACAGUUGAGCUCUAUUGAAGAUGAAAAGGACUUGCUACCAUGGACCCUAAACUGGAAUUUAAGCUUGACUGACAUGUAAUCAGAGUGCUCGAUCGAAUUAAAGGGAAAUUACACAACUUUUCUGCCACCAUGAGUCUGGGAAAGCUGCCAGGGAUUAAGGGCCUUGUGUCUAACUCUCAAGGAAAACGUCGUUUCAAGAGUGAACUCUCUGUGGACAUGAUCAGCCCGCCGAUGGGCGACUUCAGACAUACUAUGCAUGUUGGUCGUGGCGGGGAUGUGUUUGGUGACACUUCUUUCCUAAGCAACUACGGGGGCGUCAAGGAGCCAGGAAGCCCGGACUCUUCAAACAGCUCCAAGACAACCGGGUUCUUCACACGCACCUUUCGCCAUGUGAGAAAGAACUCUGGGCCACGGCCCCGGGCGGGCUCCCGUGAGUUGGCGUCCCCGCCACCUGACAUCUCACCCAUCAUCAAGAACGCCAUCUCCCUGCCCCAGCUCAACAUCGAUCCCCCCAAUGGGUGCCUACAGAGGGUGCUAUUCUCCAGCUCCAUCAGCUCAACAGAUGACUCCCUCUGCACAUAUGGUCUGCAGUCUGGAUUUGUCACUCUGCCCCGCCUCUCUCGCCUUGACAGACAGUUUCAAGAUGAAGAGUUCUGCAAAGGGUCUCCACCCGACAGCAGUGGCUUCAGGCUGACACGCUCAGACUCUCUCACCUCGUUCACCGUAGACCUUGGCCCUUCGCUUAUGACUGAGGUACUGAGCCUGAUUGACAACCCCAGCUGCCUUCAGAUGUCCAAUCACCGCCAGGCAGCAGAGGAGGAAGAGGAAGGACCAGAAGAACAGGAGGAGGACGACAGCUCUCUGUCAGAGACGCCUGUGCAGAGCCCUGCGGUGACGUCACCUAACUCUUCCAUGAGUAGCAGGUCAUUCAGCAGUAACAUGAACAGCAGGGGGCGCUCUUGUAGCUCUAACUGGACAGAGCCAGAGGAGGAGAGGAGGUCACUGAGGACACCAGAUGCGUGCACUGGGUCCCCUCAGAGAGCUGAGCCUGCUAUGGAGGCAGAGAGGUUCCAGAGGGCAGCUGACGUGCUGUCUCGUCAUUAUGGUGGAGGGUCCUUCACAAAGGGAACGAGGACGAGCAACAACACCAUCUCUCCCCCUCUUUCCCAAAACCACAAAACACCAUAUGCCUUUACUGAAGAGGAGGAGGAGAUCAAAGUCUAGAUGUUGAAGCUCUCUCUGAAAGAGAACAGGAACUUCAUUGAUCCAGUAAAACAAUAGAAACCUUCCAGUGACCUGAUUUCUGGGUUUAUUUCAAGCCACAUCGGCUGAACUUCUUGCGAUAUACUCUAAAGAAACUUUCUUUCUCCUCUCACAAGCAUUUUCAUGUGAGAAGGGGCGUCACUAAUCAACCACCAGAUCCUGGUCUGUAUUUAGUGUCAGCAGGGUGGAUAUUUGAUGCUCAUCCACAAAAUUGUUACUAUUAAUAAAGACUUUUGAGUUUCAUCAGUAACAAGCACUUAAAAGUAAAUGAAACAUGUUCCACCUGCAAUAAUUAUACUUUAAACACUCAACUAAAUAUACUGCAUUUUGAAUGGACUUUGGUUUUUCACACAGCAAAUAAUCACUCAUUACAUAAACAUUGUGUUCAACAGCAACAUGUAUUUCACAUGAAUAAAGAUGUUCAAGUCCAGGAAGUUUGAAGAACAAAAAUAUAUAAAAAUUAUGAUUUAAACUUUGUACAUUGUAAAUGAAUGAACUGUUACCAGAAAUAACAGGGCUAUUAAACUAAGAUAGUUGUAUAAUUACAGCCUUCAAGGUCUAUGACUGUAGCUGUAACCUGUUUAUAGGAUUGUUUAUCAAACUUUUAUCAGUAUUAGUUAAUUUUUUUCUAAAAUGAUAUGGCUGAUGUAAUAAAGGCCUGAUUUUCAAUAAACAUGUCAUGAAA